GUACAAGCGCAGUGUGUGCGCGGCGCUGAGGUUAGGCCUGAGGGAUGGAGAGUGAGGGGAAGGGGCAGCGGAUUGAGGCGGCCCAGCCUGGGGCCGUAGAGAGUGCGACGCGGACGGCCACUGGUACUGAGAAAGUGGGGCACGGACGCAGCAGGAAACGAAUCUUGGAUGAGGAAACGUACAUCGGGAAUUUGGAGGAAAUUAUCCAACGAGACUUUUUCCCUGAUGUGGAAAAGUUACGUGCUCAGAGAGAGUACUUGGAGGCUGAAGAGAGCGGCGACAUGGAAAAGAUGCGUGAAAUAACCAUAAAAUAUGGUUCAUCACUACGCAAACCAAACUCAGGGACUCCUGCAGCUUAUGUCACGCCUGCUACUUUUGAAACUCCAGAGGUUGUUGCAGGAUCUCCAUCAUCGCGAAACAAAACCUGUCAAGAUGGAAUGAAAACAGCUGAUGAAGGAGAAAAGGACAGGAAGACUGAAGAGAAGGAGCUUCCGACCCUGGAUACCUUCCUGGGCAGAAGCACCAGUGAGGACAAUGCAUCCUUCAAUCAAAUCAUCGAGGUGGCUGAAGAGAAGAACAAGAUCAAAAAUGCAUGGCUGUAUGAGGCCGAGGAAGAAUCAAAGCAGCGCCAUGAAGAAAUGCUGGCACUACCAUCAUCCAAGUUCCAUGCAAUCACAGCCGGAAAAGCAGGCGUGGAGACCUGGCAGUAUAAAGCCAAGAAUGUUCUGAUGUAUUACCCAGAAGGAGUGAAGGACGAUGAGCUCUUCAAGAAACCUCGUGAGGUGAUUCACAAAAAUACCCGUUUCCAAGGUGAUCCAUUCAGUCGAGGCCUUAGCAAGUCCCAGCUACAGCAGGCAGCAGCUCUCAAUGCACAGUUUAAACAGGGCAAAGUAGGGCCUGAUGGGAAGGAGCUGAUCCCACAGGAUUCGCCUAAAGUCAAUGGUUAUGGCUUUGUACGGACUCCCUCACCAGUGCCAGGUGUGAAUGACUCCCCGAUGAUGACGUGGGGUGAGAUUGAAGGCACUCCAUUCCGUUUGGAGAGUUCAGAAAGUCCUAAUGUGGACAGGACGCCAGGACCAGCAUUUAAGAUUCUCGAACCAGGUCGCAGAGAAAGGUUAGGCCUAAAAAUGGUCAAUGAGGUUGCUGCUAAGAACAGAACCAAGAAGCAGGAAGCUCUGCGAAAGGCCACACAGAGUCUGGCCAGUCUGUCUCCACAUGGAAUCAGCCCUGUGAUGUCACCAGCCUUGCAGCGUCUCGUCAACCGGACAUCCAGCAAGUAUACAGACAGAGCUUUACGCGCUAGUUACACCCCAUCACCAGCUCCCAAACAAACGCCACAUUGUAAAACACCAUGCGCUGGUGUAACGCCUAAUGCUUUUGGUGCCUUGCACACCCCGGGCAACCAGGACCCCACCUCUAUCACCGAUAAUCUACUGCAGCUGCCGAAGAGGAAGAAAGUUGCUGACCUGUCCUAGUGCUGAACACAUUCCUCCACAACCAAGCGCCUCACUGCCCCUUCAACUCACAAAAGCUGAUUGUGAUGACUUUGGAAAUCUGAAAUAUGUUGCAAAAAUAAUGGAAAUAUUUGAGAAGGAAAUACGAUUUCAUGUUUAUUCACAUUCAUGCCGACGUACAUGCACAAUUUCCCUGCCAAAGGAUCCUUUCUGAUUCAACAAACUUGGUUUUUGUGCAGCUUGCAAUUACGGUCGAUUCCAGCUCUAUCUUUGCCAGCUCAACUAUAACUUGUGAGCUUGUAAUGUCUCUGACAUUAUAAUGAUUGAGCAAUGAAUAUUUGGUACAUCACACAGUGAGGCUUGCAGUGCAUGCAGUCACAGAGCUGCCCAGCUACACGUUUCUGAUGAUCCAGUGCCACCACUGCUCCAGUUUCUUGGUGCCUGCAGUAUACCUGCACUUAGAACUCUGGAAACUAUUUCCAUUAUUUAUUAAUAUCAGUGUUCACUUGUCUCCUGUGAACUACGGACAAACUUGCUCAACCCUUCGCUGUCACCCUUGAACCUGGAGGAGACAGCAUCUGAGCUCUUUUCAAAUUGAAGCUGUUUAUUAGUUUGAAUGAUAUGAAAAUGUGGGCAAAUUGGACAUACUUUCUUGAAAACCCAACUUACCCUGGCAACAUCCUGGCAGAGUUCCCUCUCCUCCAUCGCCCUGUCCUCUUCUGCUCUGUACCUCUCACCUCUCCUCCUCCCCCUCUACCUACCCUCACUCCUCUCCUCUGUCAUCACUUACGUUCCUCUCCUCCUCCAACCCCCUCCCCCCUCCAAACCCCUCCCCUUGUCUCCUCCUCUGUCCCCUUCCCCUAUUCUCUCCUCCUCUUCUGUCACCCAUCCCCUCUCUUGUCUUCCAUCACCCCUCCCCUCCUCUAUCACCACUCUCCACUCCUCCUCCACUGUCCCCCUCCCCUCACCCCUCCUAUCUUCUGUUCUCUCACCUUUCUUCCACCCUCCACAGCCCCUCCCCUCCUCCGUACCACUUGCUUUUCCUUCUGUCUCUCCUCCAUCACCCUCACCUCUCCUCCUCCACCAUUCUUCUCCCCUCUCUUCUCCUCCAUCCCCCUCCUCUCUCCUUGUCCAUCCACAUCCCCUCUCUUCUCCAUCACCCCUUCCCACUCCUUAAGCUUCCCUCCCUUCUCCUCUUUCCUCUGUCACCCUCCCCUUCUUCUUCUUUCCUUCAUCACCCCAUCAGCCCUCCCUUCUCUCCUCCACCAUCACCCGUCACCACCCCAUCUCCUCUCUUUCUUUUCCCCUCCCUUCCCCUCUCUUUGUUACAUAUAUUCUUAUCCACACCCUCUCUUUGCUCCCUUCACCAUGCCACCUGUGCCCUGUCCUGCCCUCUCUACAUCUCAAUUUAUUUCUCUCUUUCUCUCCUUUAUCUCUCUCUCUCUCUUCAUCCUUUCUGUCACUCUCAUUCUUUCUUUACCCUUCUGUAUGCCUGUCUCUCUUUCCCUCCAUAUGUGUGUUUCUCUUUUUCUCCAUAAAUCUUUCGCUGUCUCCCUUCAUAUCUCUCAUUAUGACUCUAUGUCUUAAUCUCUCUUUGGUCUCCUCCAUCCACCAACCCCAACCACUACCCUAGUCCUCCCCAUUCCUCUGACUACGCCCUUCCCUCUUUUGCAUCUCCUGGCUCUCUCCAUGUGCUGUUUCUGUUGUUGUAAUGCUGCUUGUUGACAUUAAACUUCCUUGGGGAAUCCCUUGUUCUUGUCCUAGGCAGUGGGCUGUGGCUGGUGAUGUCUUUUUCUUCUUUGGGUUUCUGGAGUUGUAACACUUCAAGCGGACUGCAGGGUAGAGACACCCCUCAAUUAGGCUGGUUAUUGGUUCAUGUCAAUGACUGAGCUCUGUCUCUCAGCUGAAUGAUAAUUCACUCCGUGGCUCUGUCUGCCUUUGCAUUUUUAUGAAGGCAUUUUUGCAAUGUUAGGUGCAUCAGGUAAGGGCACAAUCCAUUGCAGUACAAUAUGGUUUGACAAUUUCUAUUAUUAUUCUCAAUUAAUCAAGUCAUUUUUUCCCCUGUAACAAAUGCUCCAAUGGUAAAUACGGAAAAAAACAGUGCAUCUCCAUUGCAUUUUUUUGAAAAAAUUCAAGGUAAAGAUUUUCAAAUUAGAAGCCAUGUGGCAGUAUAAUGAGGAUUGGGGAGUACAGAGAAGAAGGAAAGAGAUAUGAAAUUUAAUUUGCAUUAACUAAACACUAAGUAGAUUGAAAUGUAAACUCUUUUUAAGUGAAAGCUGCGUUGUAUUUGAGUGUCCCUUUGAGCUAUGUGUGGUACACUUUGCUAAUCUCCAUAAUCUUUGAGAGCAUUAAUUCAAGCAGGCGAAGAUAUUGGAGUCACGUAUAGGCAAGGGAUGCAGGUUUCCCUAUCUCAAGGACAUGCUAAGCUUUUUAUCCCAAGAUGGCAGGCUUCAUGCUCAUUACCCAGUGCCAACCACUGACUAAAUUCAGUUUCAUUGUUUGUCCCAAGUGUGGUUCUAAGUAAGAUGGAUUAUCAACCAGGCCCAGCAGCACUGAGCUCCUGUAAACUGAAUGACCAAGAUUUGAGGCAGACAAUGAGUGAGAUUCUGAGAAAAGGAAAAGAAGUAAAGUUCUGUCAGUGGCUUCAUGUUAUUAGCUGGAAUGGUCCAGACCAGAAGGUGCAGAGAAUAAGACUCUGCAGAUCAGUCUUUGUCCUGAUGAAGCAAUAUCAGAACUGAAUAUGGCAGCCGAGUAGUAGGAAGUCAUGAAGAGCUCAAGAACCAGAUUGUCCUUCCUAACCCCACCUUUCAUUUUAUAUCAUCCUCAUUCACGAGAUUUCUUUUGCUGGACUGAAUUUGUUUAUCCUGUUUCAGGCACUGAUUGACUGAACCAUGUGUCAUUCUCAGGUCCUAGCUCUUUGCUUUCAUCAUUCAAUGCUGUAAUAAAAGCAUCAGCAACAUUUUGUAAAUAGAGAAAAAAGACUUGUGCAUUUCAUGGCCACUUAACAUCUCCAAGUGCUGUAUAGCCAAUAACAUACUUUCAAAGCAUAGUCACUGUUGUAAUGUAGGAAACAUGGCAACCAAUUUCCAAUUUACACACAAAUAACACCCACAACAGCAAUGAUAUCAUUCAUAGAUAAUCUGUUUUUUGUGAUGUUAAUUAAGGGGUAUAUAUUAGUCAGGGCAUGGAGUUAGCUCCUUCACACUUUGAAUUUUUAAAAAUAUUUGUUCAUUGGAUGUUAAAAGUCAGUCACAUUACUGUAGGUCUGGAGAUAUACGUAGGGCAGAUCGGGUAAGAAUGGCAGAUUUUCUUCCCUCAAGAACUUCAGUGAAUCUGAUGGAUUUUUGAUAACAUGGUUGCCAUCAAGCCAGUUUUUCACUCUAGAUUUUUAUUGAAUACAAAUUUCACUCUUUGCCAGGGUGGGAUUAAUGAGCAUGCCCCCAGAACAUUAACCGGGGGUUCUGAAUUACUAGUCCAACAGCGUUACUUACCCUGCCAUUGCCCAUCCCCAUCUUUAGAAUGCUACCAUGCCAUCUUUUACAAGCACCAAAGACUUCUCUUUCAUUCCUUAUCUGAAAAAUGGCACUUCUGACAGUAUGGCAUACCUUCAAUACUGUACUGGAAAGUGAGCCUCAAUUGCUUUACAUUGAUACUGCUCCUGUGAAACUGUUUUAUAAACCCAAUACAACAUGAAGCUAGAAAGAUAUUAAUGCAGGUGACCAAAUGCGUGUUAAAUAUAAAUGUUAUGAGGUGCAUCUUAAAGGAUGAAAUUGAAUAGUGAGAUUUAAAGAAGGGGAUUCCAAAGCUUAGGGCCCAGGCAAUUAAAAGCAAAACCACUAAUAUUGAAAUGGUUGAUGUUGAAGAUGGAGAAGCAUUCAGAAUGAGAGUACAGCAGAAAUCUUGCAGUAAAGUUCUUUGCAAAGCUGGAGUUGAUUUUGGGAAGUGGGUGGGCGCAUUGGAAGUGUUUAGCAUACAAAUGGAUGAGGCUGUGGAGAAAUUUUAAAACAAAUAAGAGAAUUUUAAAAUCAGGAACUAAUGUAGUCAGUAAGUGCAGGGUUCACUUUGCUGUAUUGUAUUGCAAACUCUGCUUUAGUCUCACUGUAAAUAUUAAAGGUUCAUUAGUUUCUCCUUGUUCUUUAUUAGAUUUCUUUUAUAAGCAGUAAGACAGAUGACUCGUUCAGAGGUUGGUUGUUUUUACUGGGUAGCUGAACUUUUGUCUAUCUUGAUAUCUAGGUGCGAGAUUUGCUCGAAUGUUUGCCCCGUUUUUCAAUAGAUUUUGACUUUCUGGAACUAACUUUUUUCAGCUCUGCCUUGCUCUGUGCUUCAAUGAAACUCUCCUGGUCAGGAUAGACCUCGCUGUCAUCAGGAUGAUCCUCAUCAGUUAGUCUCAAGCUUCUCGAUUUGCGCCUGCUGCUCUUUGUAUCUGUUCUUGGUUCCAGUCUGCUGUCAGUUUCAGGGUCGGUUCUGGCAUCUUGGUUUAGAGACUUCUCCGCCCUUGACCCAGUCUUGGUUCCACUCCUGUGCUCAGAUCUUGGUACUUUGGAAUGGUGCUUUGUGUCCCUUGCUUCCUGAGGUGAGAUGCUGCCCUUGAAAUCCGAUUUCCCCUCAUUCCUGGUCUCGUCUUUCUGCUCAGCUUCAUGUUUGCCAUCUGCUUUGUCCCGCUUCAUGUUCAUCCACUCGUGUUUUGCCUCAUGUUUCAUGUCCACCCAUUCAUGGCCUGUUUCAAUUUCCCACUGGUACUUUGCAUCUUGCUUUUGCUCUGUUUUUCCUUCAUGUCGGUCGUCCUUGGUAUGGCCAUGCUUCUCAUCUCUCUUCUCGUCUCUCUUCUCGUCUUUCUUCUCUGUGCUUUGUUCCACUUUUUUGGUUGAAGUUGUUUCUUUGAUUUUGGCAGUAAAGAGCCAAGGAUGUUCCAGGACCUCUUCAAUGGUGAGCCGUUUGCUCGUGUCAGGGUGGAGCAUACGAUAGAUCAGUUCCUUGCAGUCUGCAGGAACCACCUUUGAACGGGGAAAAUCCACCCUAUGCUCUUUCUGAAUCCUAAGCAUCCUUUUGAUGUUGGAGUCAUCGUACGGCAUCGAUCCACACACCAUGAUGAAAAGGAUUACCCCAAGGCUCCAAACGUCAUACACUUUGGGCUGGUAAGGAAUGCCCUGCAGGACUUCAGGAGCUGCAUAUGCUGCAGAGCCACAAAAGGUUUUGCUGAGCAAGGGUCGUCCCUGAUCAUCUGUACUGCAUCGCUUAGCAAAACCAAAGUCUGAGAGCUUGACAUUGAAGUCCUUAUCGAGAAGGAGGUUCUCGCACUUUAAAUCCCGGUGGACUACACCUAGCUCAUGACAGUGCUUGACAGCCAGUGCCAACUGACGGAACAUCUUACGUGAUACCUCCUCAGGUAAAGCCCCCCUUGUUUUAAUGAACUCCAGUAAAUCUCCCUGAACACCCAACUCCAUUAUAAUAUAAACCUUUCCAUCUGAAGUCUCAAAAAUCUCAAAGGUUUUUACAAUGUAGCGAUGAUUGAGGAUAGCCAAGAUUUCCAACUCACGGGGCAGAAAUUUCUCCAGGAAAUCAGCAGGCGCUUUCCUCCUGUCGAUGAUUUUAACAGCCACGUUAGUCUUCAGCCGGUCAGAAUAGGCAGACUUGACUUUGGCAUAUGACCCCUCCCCCAGGUUGACACCUAAGGUGUAGCCCCGUUUUUUCAGGACUACCCCAUCAUCCAUGGUGCUGUGACAUCAAUAUGUGAGUGCACACUCCCUUCCUCCCUCUUACCUACUCACAAACUCCAUGGAAAUAGGCUCAUAGGCACUUCUGCACAGCAUACAAGUGUUCAGUGUACCCUUUCAGUCCUGAAAAAGACUUAUUUUCACAAACAGUAACUUUAGUAAAGUCACUGUCUUGGAUCUGGUAACUGCGGUUGUGAUGGAUCUAAAAAGAAUGUUUGCGUUGUGACAUAAAGAUGAUGGCACAAUGAUCAUAAUAUGACUGCAGGAUGCUACAAUGCAAGAUUUUGUUAUACUAUGUUUUGGGACUAUGCCUUUAAAAUGAAGAGGUUAAAUGACCUGUUCUGAAGUCUACAUUACAACAUACCUUGAUGAUGUGGCCAUCAUAGAUUAAAGAGAGGCCCAGGUUGUUUUGCUGAGAAGAAGGUGCAAAGUGUUUACAUUGGGAUCCAAUGUCAGCAGCAGCAAUUGUGUUUACUCAUCAUCUGCUAAAUUCCAGGAAAGUGUUAACAUUGUAAACUGUUAGGCUUUACAGUCUUUAAAAGAGAAUUGAAAUCUCAUCAAUCAGCAUUUCUCCCUGGUUACAAAGGCUGGGUAAUUCACAUUGUCAUGGAGAUAGGCUUAGAAGGGGGAGAAGAAUUUCAAAGAUACCCUGAAAUUCUCAAACGCUGGUUGCUUGCUAGGAUUCAAAAGAAACAGCAGCUUAAAAGCAAAAGUCUGUGGUUCACUGUGCACGAAUGCAGUUGGGAACUCAGGCUGUGCUUGAAAGACCAAAUUGGUGAAGAUUUGAAAUGAGACUGGGCUUGUACUGGAAGGAAAAUGAGCAGGAAUUGCUCUCACUGUGAAAGGAAUUUCUGGAGUUCAGCAUUACAAGCUGGGGUAGAAAAGAUACGAGUGUAAACCCUUUGGAGCUAAGAAUUGUGUUGGAAUGGGUUCGAGAAAUUUGAAGGUGUACCUGAGGGUACUGGUUAAAUAUCUCUGCAACCUUUAUGCCGUCUUUACACAUCAAAAGCAACAGAGACAAAGUUAACCGAAUCAUCGAUUUUCACCUGAUUUCAUCCAUAUUCACUGUUGGCCCAUCAGGCCAGUUCAAUCUCUGUUUAUCACUACUGGAUUGUUGUCAGCGCUGCUGUGGUUGUACAGAUGAAACUCUGAAGAUGAAAAACUGAAGAAACACAGAGCUCUUGAUGAUCCAGUGACCUCUCAAAUUAUGAUUCCCUUCCAAAUAGGGCCCACACCACAUUGCCAUGACCUGUCAAAUCGGAUCAAGUAAGAUCCUUGCAGGAGACAGCAUAUUUUUAGACAAUAGACUGAAAAUGAGAAAAAAAAUUGGAUGCUCCCUUUAAAAGGUGAGAGGCUACAUGGCAUUGUUCAUCGUUUUGGAAGACUGAUUGAAACUAAAUGGGACAUAUGAAGUAAUGUUACUCUUUGAGACUAGAGAGACCGGACAAUCUGGCAGCAUUUGUUAUGAGUUCUGGAAAGCUCAACGUAGCAACAACUCUCUAAUUGGUCAGGAUGCAGUCUAACACAAUCUCGUGAGGAGGGUGAAACCGAGAGAAGUGAGAAGACCUCCAGAGGUUAGUUGUAGCAAUUUAUGUCUCUUCUCUCUGUAACAUUGCUCCCUCCAAUCUUCUGUCAAACAAGCAGAAGAAAAUACAUUCAGAAAUGUUGAAAGAAAUGUCAUAAAACCUACAGAGAACUGGAAAGACCCCAGGUUCAACCAAACAACCAGUGAACUAAAAUCUGAUCAUCACUGUGAAGAUCAGGUUGAGGCAUCAUGCAAGAAAGAAAAAGCAUUGUGAAACUAACUCAUCUAGUUUUGGAUUUUGGACUGCUGAUACAGAACUCUGGUCUCCUGACUAUUUUCCCCCUCCACUUAAUAGUUGUGUUUGGUCUGUUUUUGUUUUCCUUUGUUUGUGCAUAUGGCUUUUAAAGAAGUUCAAGUUUGAUAUAUGUACAUUAGAUACUUUGUCCUUUAUGCUGUUCUUGAUAAUGUUAAGAGUGUUACAAUAAACAAUUAUUUUUAUUGCUACUGAA